UUGGAGGCCACAAGCGGCUAGCGAAAUGCUUAAGAGUUCCCCAAAGUUUCAAAUGUCAAUGUGCUUAUGCUUCCCAACUGUAGCUUCAUCAGCUUGUUUCAAAAUAAACCCUAAACAAUCGCAAAUCUUUUCAUCUCCUUCAGAGACAACAUCUUUCAGAACAAUGUCUUCAUGGUCAUGCAAGAAAUGCACUUUCCUCAACUCUCCAUCACAAAAACCAACUUGUCAAAUGUGCCACACCCCAUCUUCGCCUUCAAAGAUUCCAUCUUUUUCUCCUUCUUCUUCUUCUUCAAUUCCCACAUGGGCAUGUAAAGCCUGCACUUUUCUGAAUCCCUACAAUAACACAAACUGUCAACUUUGUAACUCUAGGGCUCCCAUUUCAAGUUUUGAUGACUUGAAUGUUAUUGAUGUUGAUGCUGACGUGGACUCCUCCGUUGGGUCCGUUUUCUUGCCCUUAAAGUUAAAGCCUUGUGGUAAUAAGAGGAAGACUAGGGACCAGAAUCAGGAUUCAGAUUGUGGUUCAUUUGAUGGGUUUUCACGUGUUAAGGCUUUGAAUAAGGAGGUGAACGUGAAGGAGGACAAUGACACAGGGGCAGUUGUGCGGUCAUUGAAGAUUUUGAGUUAUAAUGUUUGGUUCCGAGAAGACCUGGAGAUGUAUAAGAGGAUGAAAGCAAUUGGUGAUCUAAUUCAACUGCAUUCUCCAGAACUAAUUUGUUUCCAGGAGGUUACUCCUAAUAUAUAUGACAUAAUUCGCCAAUCCAGCUGGUGGACGGUUUAUCAAUGCUCGGUUUCCAAUGAGAUGGUAGAGUCAAGGCCAUACUUUUGCAUGCAGUUAAGCAAAUUGCCAGUGAAAGCUUUCAGCUGUAAACCCUUCAGGAAUUCAAUUAUGGGGAGGGAACUUUGCAUUGCCGAGGUUAAAGUUCAAGAUGAGAAGUCCUUGGUUGUUGCCACUAGCCAUCUUGAGAGUCCCUGCCCGGGCCCUCCUACAUGGGAUCAGAUGUUUAGUAAAGAACGUGUGGAGCAGGCAAGGGAAGCUAUCAACCUUCUGGAGAAGAAUCAAAAUGUGAUCUUUUGUGGUGAUAUGAACUGGGAUGACAAGCUGGAUGGCCAAUUUCCUUUCCCUGAGGGAUGGGUUGAUGCCUGGACAGAGUUAAGGCCAGGAGAGAAUGGGUGGACGUAUGAUACCAAGUCCAAUCAAAUGUUGUCUGGUAAUCGCACAUUGCAGAAGCGGCUAGACCGAUUUAUUUGCAAUUUGUGUGAUUUUAAGAUUAGUAGAAUUGACAUGAUUGGGAUGGAGGCAAUACCAGGUCUAUCAUAUUUCAAAGAGAAGAAAGUGAAGAAAGAGAUAAAGAAGUUGGAGCUUCCUGUUUUGCCUAGUGAUCAUUAUGGCUUGCUUUUAACAAUCAGUAGUCAGUAAUGUUGGCUAUGAUAAUGGUUGAAUGAAAAAUUGAUGAUGUUCUUUUUUGGGGUGUUGUUUGUAUGCACUUACGAUACGCAAUUUUGUAUAGGUGAAAACGAAAUGAUGUAACACCGUUUUUGUUGCGUAUUAUCCUUCAAUGAAAUGAUGGCAUGUUAUAUUUCA